AUAAAUUAGAUUUUGGACGGCUGAGAUUUUCCAGCCGCAACCCAGUUAAGUUGAUGAUCAGACAGUCUCUUCCUUUUUGUAGCUUACUUUCAUUUUUAUUACUCAAAAAGAUGCUCUUGGUCUUCCAUUUUUGUUUUUGUUUUUCAAAUCCUACUGAACUGGAAUAACUGUACUAGCUCAGCCUUUUUUGAGGUUUUGAUUCUAGGUAUCUGUGGAGAAUAGUAGCUUUUUGGUGGAUAAAUGGUCAUGGAUCAGCCUUUAACCGGAUUAUACGGUUCGGUCAGUGGAUUGAAACUCAAUGAUGAAAUCAUUUCGGCAUUAUCGGGUCGGAAUCUUGAUAAUGGGUUAAGAUUGAAUCAAACUUUUGUCAAUCAAAACUAUGUAAACCUACCUCUUUUGCCUCCUGAAACAACCCUUUGUAAUUCAGUAUUGUCCUCGGGUGUGAGCCGAGAUGGAAAUUUGCACGAUGAUUUUGAUUUAAGUGAUGUGGUUCUUAAGUAUAUUAACGAGAUGCUUAUGGAGGAGGAUAUAGAAGAGAAAACUUGUAUGUUUCAAGAAUCUUCGGCAGCGCUACAAGCUGCUGAGAAAUCUUUGUAUGAGCUUAUUGGGGAGAAGUAUCUUCCACCCAUUAAUGAAUCUAAAUCUCAUUUAGGUUACAAUAAUUAUAUUUCCGAUGAAAAUUACAGCUUGAACUACGGUAACUAUACCAGUAGUACAAGCAGCGGUGGUAGCAGUAGUAGUACGCUACUUGAUCCCGGAUGGACUUGUGAUCUUGGCGAGUUUAAGUCCACAAAAACUGCUUCUCAAUCAGUUUCUCAGACAUCCCGUUGUUCUGGGAGCUGCAGCACGGGUUCUGUUAUUGACGGGUUUGUGGAUUCUCCGAUGAGUACGAUUUCUGAGAUGUUUAGUGAUAGCGAGUCCAUUAUGCAGUUCAAUAAAGGGUUUGAAGAAGCAAGUAAGUUUCUUCCACAUGGUAGUCCUUUUGUCGAUUUGGAGAGUAAUGGAUUGUUCCUUAAAGACAUGCAAGAAGAAUCUAACUACGUGGCACUUAUAACUGAGGAGAAGCACGGGAAUGAACGUUCUCCUGAUGAAACAAGAGGAAAGAAGAAUCCUCAUUCCGAUGAUUCAGAUCUAGAGGGCGAAAGGAGUAACAAGCAGUCUGCAGUUUAUACUGAGUCAACUAUUAGUUCGGAGGAAUUUGACACUAUAUUGCUUUGUGGAAGUGAUUCUGCGCUUCGUGAAUCUUUGCAGAAUGAGAAAAGCAAGAAUCUGCAACAGAAUGGUCAAACAAAAGGAUCUGGUGGUGGAAAAGGUCGAGGGAGGAAACAAGGAGGUAAGCGGAAUGUGGUGGAUUUGAGAACUCUGUUAACUCUUUGUGCACAAGCUGUGGCCACAGAUGAUAGGCGGAAUGCAACAGACUUGCUCAAGCAAAUUAGAGAGAAUACUUCUUCUACCGGUGACGGUAUGCAGAGAAUGGCCCAUAUUUUUGCCGAUGGACUAGAGGCACGCAUGGCUGGCUCGGGAACUCAGAUAUACAAAGCAUUUAUGAACAGGCCGACGUCGGCUGCAGAUGUCUUGAAAGCUUAUCAUCUGUUUCUUGCUGCAUGUCCGUUCAGGAAGCUAUCCAACUUCUUCUCAAAUAAAACAAUUAUGAAUGUUGCUCAAAAUGCAAAAACACUGCAUAUAGUUGAUUUUGGUAUUCUUUACGGAUUCCAAUGGCCUUGCCUUAUUCAGCGUCUCUCUUCCAUGCCUGGUGGACCUCCCAAGUUGCGGAUUACAGGCAUCGAUCUCCCACAUCCAGGUUUCCGGCCAGCAGAAAGGGUUGAAGAGACGGGACGCCGCCUAUCAAACUAUGCAAAAACUUUCAAUGUUCCAUUUGAGUUUAAUGCUAUAGCCCAGAAGUGGGAUACAGUUAAAAUUGAGGAUCUCAAGAUUGAUAAAAACGAGGUUCUUGUUGUGAACUGUCUGUUUCGUCUAAGAAACUUACUUGAUGAGACUGUGGUAAUUGAAAGUCCGAGAAAUAUUGUCCUCAAUCUGAUUAGGAAAAUGAAUCCAAAUGUUUUUAUAACUGCGAUUGUGAAUGGAUCAUAUGGUGCUCCAUUCUUUAUAACACGUUUCCGCGAGGCCCUCUUUCACUACUCUACACUAUUUGAUAUGCUCGAGACUAAUGUCCCUCGUGAGAUUCCUGAAAGGAUGUUGAUUGAGAGAGAGAUUUUUGGAUGGGAAGCAAAGAAUGUCAUAGCAUGUGAAGGUACUGAGAGGAUAGAGAGGCCAGAGACAUACAAGCAAUGGCAGGUUCGCAUUUUACGGGCAGGGUUUCGGCAGCUUCCUUUGAAUGAGGAAAUCUUUACAGCAGCCAAGGAAAAUGUUAAUGCACUUUAUCAUAAAGAUUUUGUUAUCGAUGAAGAUAACCAGUGGUUGCUUCAGGGGUGGAAAGGUCGGAUUGUUUACGCACUCUCGUCAUGGAAGCCUGAUCAUCACCAAUCUUCAGCUCCAUAAUAACAGGCAGGAUUAAAAAAUUCGAUCUUUGGUCUUUUGCCGCCCGAUAUUAGCUUCUUUAGUGGACAUAUGAACUGUGAAUUUAAGGAGACUGGGAGAGGAAUGUCAACUGCUGGUGGUCAUAAUGCUAUUAUAAGGCUGUUCAUGUAGUUACAAAUGUGGAGAAAGAUUUGUUCUGUAUCGCGUACUGUGCCAUCUUAUAUCUUGGGUAAGAAUUAUUUAUACUAUGGUAUCCAUGAAUACAGCAUAACAUUAGCGAAAAAGAAGAAAAGCAGUAAAAAAGAACCCGAACUUCUGCUGAAACUCACAGCUUAUAGUAAAACAUAUUUAAUGUAGUUAUGACAUUUAAGUCACUUCAUGUGGCUUGUAGAAUCUUAUACUAUCCUUAAGAAUCAAGAUCAUGUAGUAUCUAUGUUGAAUUUCUCGACGUCUAUAUUUUGACGUUUCAUUUUUGUUUCCAGAAAUGCCUUUAAAACUCGGAAACUCUCUAUGUGUAACCUAUUUUUGUAAAAUAGCAUCUUCUCCAUUUUCUCUUUCAGCGUUUCCGUUUUCGUACUACAUAGUUGGGCAUAGAACAAUGGAAGACGGUAUGAAUGGACUACCGUCUUCUCUCUUUUUGUACUUAAA